UGGAAGGAUAAUACUAGAAGUUAGAAUUUCUGAUCACCUUUCUUCGAUGAUGUAACUAUUGCUUUUUCUAUUUGCAGGUUAAUUUUGAAGAUACCUGCAAAGGUUUCCUUGAGGUUGCAAAGGAAGCUGUUCACCAAACUGUUAAUGUUAUAUUUGAAGACCCAGGUGUGCAGGAAUUACUUGUCAAGCUAUACCAGAAAGAUUGGCUGGAGGGAAUGGUCACGGAGUAUCUAGUUGCGACCUUUGGUGAUUAUUUUACUGACGUUAAAAUUUACAUUGAGGAAAGAUCUUUCAGAAGGUUCGUUGAAGCUUGCCUGGAGGAAACUAUCGUGGUUUAUACUGAUCAUCUCCUUACCCAGAAAACCUAUAUUAAAGAAGAAACGAUUGAGCGGAUGAGGCUUGAUGAGGAGGUUUUGAUGGAUUUCUUCAGGGAGUACAUCAGUGUUACAAAAGUUGAAACUAGAGUGAAGAUACUGGGUGAUCUUAGGGAGCUUGCAUCCGCUGAAAGCCUUGACAGCUUCACGCUCAUCUAUACAAAUAUCCUUGAGCAUCAACCAGAUUGCCCGCCUGAGGUUGUUGAGAAACUAGUGGCACUCAGAGAGGGCAUACCACGCAAGGAUGCUAAGGAGGUGGUCCAAGAGUGCAAAGAGAUAUAUGAAAAUUCUCUCGUAGAUGGCAACCCCCCGAAGACUGGAUUCAUAUUUGGAAGAGUAAAGUGCCUCUUGCAACCCAAAGGCUUGUGGAGGAAGCUUGCACAGUAAAGUAUUUUUUUUUGCUGUGGUAGGAUUGUCAUUUGUCACUACUUCUGAAAUCUUCGUAGUUUUCUAGUGCCGCAUCGUUCAUUGAUUCUAGACAAUGGCGAUUCUUUUUAGCCAUUGUCAUGUGAUUAUCACGACGUUUGAUUAUUAUUAUUUUUUUAUUCUAUAAUUUUUGUUAGUAUGUUAGUAUUGUAUGGUCAAACACAUCUUUGAAUUAGUGUAUACAUACUGAAUGCAAACACAAAAUUUUAUUGUCUAAAAACUCAUAAACAGGUGAGAAUUAAUGCACACAGUAUUAUAUUUAUUAUGAAAAAUAAAGGCAAAGACUUCCUUCUUGUGCGA